GUCAAAGGCCGAGCUUGUGGCGCGCUUAAACGAUGUUCCAGUGGAUCGACGAGGAGCUUGUUCCAUAUCGAUUGGAACUGAGACUGUCGAGGAAAGUACAGAAGACGAAAGUAACCGUCAACUGUCAGAGACCACAAAUGAGAAAGAGGGAGACAACAACACUGAUGUCUUGCUAAAAAAAUUGUGCGAUUUACUGCGUCCACAAUUGUUCGACAUAGUGGCGCCUCAACGCCAGACAGAAAACGAAACGCACGAUUCAGUGCCGACGAGCAACGACAGCGGCAGCGAAAACGAGAUGGCAGCAGAACCGAUUGGCGCGCAAAACCAGCGUCAUGAACCAGUGUUGGUAAAUCAACGCUCGGAGGAGGUGUUGGAAAGCGGUUUUUCGUCGGCUGCAAAAUUCCAAUUAGCAAAAGAAGCGUUGUUGGAAUUUAAUGGGAACUCGUGUGGAAAGAAAUGGGUCACGCAGCUGACAAACAUAAGCGGUGUAUAUGGAAUCAAAGGUGUACAAAUGCACAUGCUUCUAGUCUCCAAGCUUAAAGGACGGGCUCAUGAGUGGUUACAUGCCAAUAGUACGCGCAUUUUGGAACCCGUGGGCAACAUCUGUGAGCAGCUCGUCGAGUCGUUCGGGAAAACUGUGUCUCAAGCAGAUGCCAGGCGCUUAUUCGAGUCUCGAAUUUGGAGCGCCAAUGAGAGUUUCGUCAGUUACAUCGAUGAGAAGGCCAGGCUGUCAGAUGCUAUCUGCAUCAGCGAAGAGGAGCGAGUAGACAAAGCCAUUGAAGAGAGUCCUGUGGAGGGACUCCGCAUUCAAGCGCAGAUUCAAGGAUUCAAAUGCAUUGCAGAAUUACGCCGUGCAUUUUCAGGCAUUCAGCUACCGGUACAGCGAGCAGCAAGAGAAACUACAAAGGUGGCCGCUACGGGCAGACGUUCCAAAGAAGGUUUCCGUUGCUACAACUGCAACUCGAAGGGCCACAUGAGCAAGGACUGUAAGAAACCCGACAGAGUGCCAGGGUCCUGUUUCGGAUGCGGUGCCUUGGAUCAUUGGGUGGCUAAGUGUCCACUUAAUAAGGAGAAGCUGGCUAAAGGAUGCGACGACCAUGCUUCAUAGACUCAGGCAGUGAUGUUUCACUUAU